AUUUUAUUGAUGGAACUCUGUUUCUCUUCUAUUCAGGUAACGGGAAAAACAAGUCCCUUCCAAAGUAAAUGAAUGAAACAAAUCAUUCUCGGGUGACUGAAUUUGUGUUGUUGGGACUCUCGAGUUCCAAAGAACUCCAACCUUUCUUGUUUCUCAUAUUUUCAUUACUUUACCUAGCAAUUCUGCUGGGCAACUUUCUCAUCAUCCUCACUGUGUCCUCAGAUUCCCGUCUUCAUACCCCCAUGUACUUUCUGCUUGCCAACCUCUCAUUUAUAGAUGUAUGUGUUGCCUCUUUUGCUACCCCCAAAAUGAUUGCAGACUUUCUGGUGGAACGCAAGACAAUUUCUUUUGAUGCCUGCCUGGCUCAGAUUUUCUUUGUUCACCUCUUCACUGGCAGUGAAAUGGUGAUCCUAGUAUCCAUGGCCUAUGACCGCUACGUUGCUAUAUGCAAACCCCUCCACUACAUGACCAUCAUGAGCCGCCGGGUAUGUAUCAUUCUUGUCCUCAUCUCCUGGUUUGUGGGCUUCAUCCACACUACUAGCCAGCUUGCAUUUACUGUUAACCUACCUUUUUGUGGACCUAAUCAGGUAGAUAGUUUUUUCUGUGACUUGCCUCUAGUGACCAAGCUAGCCUGCAUGGACACUUAUGUUGUCAGUCUACUAAUAGUUGCAGACAGUGGCUUUCUGUCCUUGAGUUCAUUCCUUCUCCUGGUUGUGUCCUACACAGUGAUACUUAUCACAGUGCGGAAUCGCUCUUCGGCUAGCAUGGCAAAGGCCCGCUCCACCUUGACUGCUCACAUCACUGUGGUCACACUGUUUUUUGGACCCUGUAUUUUCAUCUAUGUGUGGCCUUUCAGCAGUUAUUCAGUUGACAAAGUCCUAGCUGUGUUCUAUACCAUCUUUACUCCCAUUUUAAACCCAGUUAUCUACACACUAAGGAACAAAGAAGUGAAAGCUGCUAUGUCAAAACUGAGGAGUCGAUAUCUGAAGCCUGGACAGGUUUCUGCAGUCAUAAGAAAUGUUCUUUUCCUGGAAACAAAGUAA